AUGGAUGUUUUGGCCUUUUUUCCUAAUCACAAUGAAGAUGUUAACGAAGACAAAGUAUGCAUCAAAGCAGCGAUGAAAAACAAGCGACAAAAACCGCACAAGCCGAACACCAAUGACGAAAAAUCCAUGGAGGAUAGCAGCAUAGUUCCCUCUGCCAGCAUAGUAAUGGACGUCUUUCAAGGCGGAACAAUUACAAGCGUCAAAUGCCUGUCUUGUGAAAAGGUUUUUCACCGAAAAGAGGUGUUUCUAGACCUCUCUCUUCCCAUAGCAACUCAGGCUAAACAUAAGGUUGGGGAUGUGGCGAAAUCGCCACCGCCACCACCACCACCACCUUCAAAUCCAUCGCGCAUCAUCGCCACCAACCGGUUCUUCUCGUCGGACUCUCUUAUUGCCGUUGGCAAGCAGCUAUUUCUUCACCCAUUAGACUCGUCGAUUGCGCUUUUAUCGCUAGCCUCUCUCUUCGUCCUUUUCGUGGCGGCUUGGGUCAAAAGACUCCCCCUGAUUCCUCUCAUCGCCUCCUAUUUUGCAUUUGCCACCUCGUGGGUCAAAAGUCUUAUCUGGACUCCCCACAUCGAGCUGGAAGAUUGUCUAGAUGCCUUCUUUGAUGUCGACGAGCUUGCGGGCGAAAACCAAUACCACUGUGAGCACUGCUCAAGGCACACCAACGGUCGGAUGCAUAUUGAGUUGACGAAACUGCCCGAAGUGCUCUGCCUUCAUUUGAAGCGAUUCCGCCAUGAUUUUAUUAGUGCGUCCAAGAUUUACUCCCCGGUUGACUUUCCCCUGCGGAACCUCGACUUGAGCAAGUACCUCCACCCCUCCUGCAGGACUAGGGUGGCGCUGUACGACCUGGUGGGUGUGGUGUGUCACUCGGGGACUGUGCGCUGCGGUCACUACUACGCCUACGCCCAGAACCAGGGCGACAACGCCUGGUACGAAUUCAACGACUCCAGCGUGCUGAGAGUCGACGACAGCGCGAUCCCCUCACUCUCCUCCUCCGCCUACAUCCUCGUCUAUCGGAAGCAGCAAACCUCGGUCCGUCCUAUUCGAGAAAAGUUUCUGGAAAUGGAAGCAACGCUCCCAGUUUCCUCUCCCCCGGUGUACAUCAGCCGCCAUUGGCUUCUCCGGUUUGCCAACCUCGCCGACCCCGGACCAAUUUCCAACUCGGAUUUCCUCUGCAGUCACGGUGCCUUUCAGCCACUGCUAGCCUCUGGACUGGAUGAACACGUUGCGCCCAUUUCUCUUGAUCUCUGGAAUUUUGUUCUUUCACAGUUUGGCGGUGGUCCUCUUGUUACCAGUCUGCAGCCUUGUGAGGUCUGUGUGCAAAAGCUGGAACUCCUUGAUUCUCGUCGGAAUACAGAAUUGAAGUCCUUCCAGAUGGCUCCAGACGAGUCAGAGUCCAUGUUUGUCAUCAGCAGCGACUGGUUCAAAAGUUGGGCGGCCUUUGUCUGCGGCCGUGAAAUCGAGCCACCCGGACCAAUUUCGAAUUCUGUUAUCCUGGAGCCCUCGCGCUCAGCGUCAGGCACCUACCGAGUCCGCUUCGGGAUCGCGCCUAGUCGAUACAACCUCAUAUCUGAGCCCCGGUGGCGUCUCCUUUCGUCUACCUACGGAGGAGGUCCAGAGCACUCAGUCAAGUUACCUGCACAUCCCGUGAAUCACGAGGCUAAGAUGGAGGAAGAUCAGGCGGAAUUCGUGCCAUUCGCUAACUCAGGAAAGUCAGAACAGCAUGAGGCGAAGGUUGAUGACGAAGGCGACAAUCGGUCAUCGUCGUCAACCUCAUUCUAUCCGGAGGACGAUGGGAGUGUGUCGUCGUCAGUCCGAUCUGCCAGGGACACACCCUCCCUUUCCCCUUCUCCACCACUGCCUACCCCCCUGGAGACGCACAACGCAGGCCCCUACCCCCUGUCGGAAAACACCUCCAACUCGAAUUCUCCCGUUUCGGAGCGACGUGCGCAGCAGUCCGCCCAGCCUCCGCGACCAGCAUCCGUAGUCUUUCUGAAACCCGAAAGCUCUUCAGCUGGCGAUGGCCUCAGCAAUGGCCGUUGUCACUCGGCCACGGGUUUCGCGACGUUGAAUGGCGACAGCAAAAAGCCAAUCCUGCCCGCUGCUUUCGGAGACGAAGAUGUCGCUUGUGAUGGCGGUGGAGGCGACACGAGUGGGGAGCUCAAGGGGGCCUUGCAAAACGGUUCAAUGAACUGUGCUAGGGAGGAUCACCACGAACUGCUGCCUUGA